AUGAGAAUGCAGAUUGAGCGAGAUGAUGGCACUAGGUUGAAGAUCAUUGUGGUUGGCGCCGGGCUUGGCGGGCUCGCCACGGCAGUAUCAUGCCAGCUUGCUGGCCAUGAAGUCGCCGUCCUCGAAUCCGCAGCCGCAAUGGGCGAGAUCGGGGCAGGCCCCCAGACGCUGGCGAACUCGUCCCGAGUUCUCACCUCUUGGGGAAUGGGCGGACAACUCAGCAAAUGUGCAACGACGCCGCGGCUCUGCAACAUGAUCGGAUGGCGAGGUGAGACCAUCUCAACGUGGGAUAUCCACAAGUCUACGCGCGAGGAAUGGGGCAGUCCAUACUGGGAUUUGCAUCGCGUCAGUCUGCAUCGAUGUCUCUGGAAUCGAGCGGUGGAACUGGGUGCCGAGGUGCGGGCCAAUUCACGAGUGACCGAUGUCAGGAUUGCAGCGGAUGGAAGUUAUGCGACUGUGGUUGUGCGACAAGGCGAGAAAGGUACCCGUGCCUCCAUGGACGCAGAUCUCGUCAUCGGCGCGGACGGCAUCAGAAGCUACUGUCGAGAUCUUCUGGUUGGGAGAGAUGACCCUCCGGCCAAGUCGGGCGACAUGGCGUACAGAGUUCUCCUCAAUACCGACGACAUGCCAAAGGAUCCCGAACUGAGAGAUUUCGUGUUGGAUCCGCAGGUCAACUACUGGAUUGGACCCGAAUGUCAUGUCGUGUCGUAUGUCUUGAGAGGAGGCAAACAAUUCAUUAUGGUCCUCCUGGUCCCCGAUGAUAUACCGGAGGACGUCGUCACGCAGGACGGGAACGUCGAAGUUAUGCAAGCUUUGUUCAAAGAUUGGGACCCGAGAGUCCGCAAAAUUCUGUCUACCUGUUCACAAGUCAAGAAAUGGCGCCUCUGUACCCGAACGCCCACCCCAAGCUCCCCAUGCUGGUACCACCCUAGCGGGACUUUCGUCCUACUCGGCGACUCCGUCCACGCCACUCUCCCUUACCUCGCGAGUGGUGCCGGCAUGGCCAUCGAGGACGCCUCUGUCCUAGGCCUCUGCCUCUUGUGCAUAUCCUCCAGCUCCACGCCUCAAGAGAAGCUGCACGCUCUGAGAGUGUAUGAGAUGUGCCGAAAACCGCGGACCCAGCGGGUCGUCGAGAAGGCGUACGAAAGCUAG